CAUUGUUGUUUUCAAUAGAGGUUAAGGUUGUCAAGUUGAAGAGCUUUAUAUCUUUUGGAUGCACACUAUGUGUAUAAAAUUGUGAUCAGUGAUAUCCCUGAUGUAAUUAAUUAUGGGGUUGCUAACAGUACUUAAGAAGUUGAAGCAAAAGGAAAAAGAAAUGCGUAUUUUAAUGUUAGGUUUAGAUAAUGCUGGCAAAACAACAGUUUUAAAAAGAAUUAACGGAGAACCAAUUGAUACAAUAUCACCAACUCUUGGUUUUAAUAUUAAAACUUUGGAACAUCGUGGAUAUAAAUUAAACGUAUGGGACGUGGGUGGUCAAAAGUCAUUGCGUUCUUACUGGAGAAAUUAUUUUGAAUCUACAGAUGGUCUUAUAUGGGUAAUUGAUAGUGCAGAUAGAAGAAGAUUGGAGGAUUGCAAGAUAGAAUUAUAUAAACUCUUACAAGAGGAAAGAUUAGAAGGUGCAAGUCUAUUAAUACUUGCAAAUAAACAAGAUUUGCCUGGAGCAUUAUCUGCAUCUGACAUUGCAGAAAUUUUAGAAUUGCCCAGUAUUAAGACUCAUCAUUGGCAAAUAUACAAAUGUUCAGCAGUUACGGGAGAAAAUCUCGUGGAGGGAAUAAAUUGGAUUGUUGACGAUAUUUCAGCUAGAAUAUUUUACAUAGACUAAUAUUAAGAAAUUCAUCAAACUUUACAAUUUAAUUG